CUCUCUUACUCAACUCUCAACCUCAAGCAAUGUCGCAGUCGCCAUUGGCGCCAGCGCGCGGACGCAAGUCGCUGUCGGCGUUUGCGCGCCCGCCAUCCCAGCUCUCGAGGUCGCACUCGACGCGGGAUCUCGAGGAGAGCCCAGAACCACCAUCACCUUCCCCGCUCACGCCGUCCAAGGCUGCGAACCGCGAGAAGCGGCGCGACAGCGCCGUCUUUGACCGCCGCGAGAGCAGUCGGCGCGAGAGCAACGUGUUUGAUCGCCGUGAGAGCAACAUAUUCGCCACCCCCAAGCAGCGUGACACGUCGCCUGCGAGAUACAAGAGCACUGGCGUCGGCGGCGACUCGACCCCCACACAGGGCUUACCCACCGGCUUACUCCACACACCCACGCGCACACCUGCACGCCUUAUCCACUCGCCAUUCGCCUACACCCCGCCAACGUCGCUUAGCAGGAGCUCCACCAUCCCUUUCGAUAUGGCGGGUAACGCUCGUGCCGCGAAGAAGGCUGAGGUGGAGGCUCGGCUCCGCGCCGAGGCGGACGCCAUGCCUAAGCAGCCCAAGCAGCGUCUUGUGCGCCGCAAGUCGCUGUUUAAACGUGCUUUUGAAUCGCCCAUGAAUCUGAUCGACGCCGCAAUCUUCAACAUCCCCACUAGCGUCGAGGAGAUUCUUCCUCCCGCCAGAUUCGCCAACCCUAUCGCCUUGUUCCUCGGAACGGUGCACUGGCUGCUUCUUGCUCCUCUGUCAAGCGGCCGCACAGAGGAAGCCACAAUUCUUCGCUCGACGCCGUACAACCGCGUCGAUGAUCGCUGGGGACGUUACGACGAGGAGAAGCCCGCACGCCGUGGUCUUGCUGGAGCCCGUCUCGCUGCGACUGUCACCGUCCUCUUGUUCGCUCUGUCUGUCGCCAACGCUGCCUGGCUUUUCACCAGGUUCAGGACAUAUGACAUGCAGCUCCGCUCGGGAAACGACCCCGUUCCAUCGCCCAAUGCUUCGCCAAUCCCUUCCCCCACAAAGGCUGGUGUCCCCGCCGAGGAGAAGGAGGAGCAUGUAGCUGAAAGGGACGACGCGCCUCGCAAUGAGACCUUCACUGCAAAGUGUGCCCGCAUUGCGCUCCGCUCACUCGUCAUCUUCCUCAAGUGGUCCUACCACGCUCUGCUUUCUACGUUCGGCUUCCGCCAGCCCGCGACCAGUGCGAGAGGCGGCAACAACGACCGCAUUCAGUCCCUGCGCGUCUGGGAUCCGCCUGACUUCUGCCUCGCCUUUUUCUGCGCCCUUCCUCCAUCUACCCCUAUCAUUGCGUACCUCCUCACCACCCUUCACCCCUUCAUCACCCCCCUCCUCAGCGUCGCAACGGCGUUCCUCCUCUCGCACCUCGCGGCCUCAUUCGCCCAGUUAGUCAAGGACCGCAUGCUCCUGUCCGCCGAGGUCAUGCGCGAGUACGACCGCCGCUUCGUCUACAAACGCGUCUUUGCCUCCAUGGUCGACCGUGGUGUCGGCACUACCAGCGACCGUGGGUUACUGGGCUAUGUCCUGGACAAUCAGGAGUAGCUGACGGGGAAAUCCAGCAUGAACAAUUAAAACAUUCAGCAUAGAGUGGACACACUACGUAGGUAGAGUGGACACUGGCCUUUCACACAACACAAUGUCGCAUGCAAUAUUACAUCAC